AUGGCCACACAGGCAACCGCGCCAUUAACCCCUCCCCACGAGGGCUCCCCCGACAACCUGUACCACGUCAAACGCUAUUUCUGGUACCCGACCCCCAACCACACCAACUCCGUCCUGCAGCCCUCCAUCCGCGGCACCUUCGCCAGCCUGCCCGCCGCCAAGAAAUUCGCCUCGCAAGCCCUCGCCGACGAAGGGUACCAGCCGGGCCAGUUCCAAGACCUGCAGCUGCGCCGAGACUCCGGGACGGAGUGGACGUUCGGCGACGACGUGAUGGUGUACGCCAAGACGAUCGAGGAGGGCACUGUCACGGUCGAGCUGGAGACGACGCCAAACAGGGUCGGCAAGCUCUCGCUAGAGGGACCCGAUGAGCGCGUGAAGGAUUCGCUGUAUUUCCUGGUGCAGACGGUCAUUGAUUACUCGCGGGACUGGUCGGUCGGGAGCAGGCGGACGAUUGUUGAGGGCGUCUUCCGCACGGUGGAGGAGGCGAAGGAGAAGGCUUUCGAUAUUCUGCUGGAAGCGAACGGGGAGAUUUCGAGAUCGGACUUCGCUGAGUACAGCGAGAAUCGUGGGCAGGAUGAUUGGGAGUUUGACGAUAAUGUACUGGUGCAUGCAGUGGGCCAGAAUGGGUUGAAUUUCCUUGUCGCGAUUGUUAAGGGUGGGGAGCCGUAG